GAAUUUAGGCUUUUGCAAUUUACGCAUUUAGCAUUUUAGGGUUACGCGAAUACCCAAACUCCUCAUCGCAGAGACGCCAAUUUUCUUCGUUGGGCUCUUCAGUCUUAAGAUCUCCAAUCUUCUUCGCUGCGCUCUAGGAUCCAACUCGCCAGUUCGCUGUGCUCCAACAUCUAUCCGACUUGCCACUUCGCCAAUUCGCCACAAUCCUUAGGCGGGCAAAAAUCCUGAUUCAGACUCCUCAUUCCUCAAUCGCCAAUUCGCCAGUUUCUUCUUCAAUCGCAGAAGGGAAUAGAAAGUAUGAAGCGGCAUUCUUCAACAAUAUCAAAACAGUCUAAAGUUCCCAAAACAACUUCUCGUUCUCAGAAAGAGAUUGAAUCAUUGGAUACUAUUAAUGAUGUGCCAUCUUUUCAAUCAUCUGAGACGAUUGAAAGUAAUGUACAAUGUAACGAGGCAAGUGAAAAUACAAAUGACAUAAUCGACUUGUGCGGAAUGACAGAAGAAGAGUACUUGGCAGCUUUGAAAGCCAACGAAAGGGCCGAUAUUUGGGUGCAUUUUACCAGAAAGUUUGUGUCUGGUAGCAGCGGCAGUGAUGGGCGAACCAGCGUCAUGGCUCCGGAUAUUUUCAAGGCCUCCGAUUUGUAAGUCUCAGGAACUGAUGAAGACAUUCUGUGGACAUAGGCAAGCUUUAGCUGCAGUAGCCCAUGCAUACAGCAGGUGCCGUAAGCGGAAACAAAAACCCUUGAGUUCAUUUGUUGUGGUUGAUUCUUCGGGUCUAUACAUAGAAGAGUUUGCAAAAUCUUUAUCUAAGCUGAUAUACGAUUCAAGUGGUGCCCUUAUCCGAAUGGAUAUGUCUGACAGUGCUUCAGGUGGUAAUCUGGAAAAACUGUUUGAUGGUGUGAGGAAGAGGCCCCAUGGUGUAAUCAUUUUCAAGAAUAUAGAAGAGGCCAACAAUUCUGUGUUAUUUAUCUUGAAGCGAAUUCUAAGGAGUGUUAUGCAUCGGAUGAGAGUCGAAAUGCAGUUGAUUUCACCAAAUCUAUCAUUUUCGUGCUUUUGCGCAGACGCUCACCAUUUUGCAUUAACGUUUGAAGUUGCUUGUACAUUCUUAAAUCCAGUUCCUUCAAGGCACAUUUGGGCGCAAUGUCAAGUUCCUCCUCAUGUCAAUGUGUAGCCGUUCUUGAAGAUGUUAGAUGGGAUGUGAUCAGCUGGUUUGUCUCAUGACUUUUACUAAGGACUAACACACUUGUUUUUUCUUCGUGGCAGGCAAGGGGUCGCGUUGAUGCUGAAAUAUUUGGUGUAUGCAAGAUGCAUCUUGAGAGAGAUUGCAAAUGAUGUAUGUAGAUGUCUUGUUCUGAACCCUUCUGAGGCAGCAUUGAAGGCAAUACUUUGCCAUAAAGCCGAGAAUAUCAAUGGAGAGAAGGCAGUUAAGAGUUGGGUAGAGAAUCAUGUCAGACCUAUGCUAGAGGACUUUGUAAAAGAAGGAAGAAUUAAUGAGAAAUCAGUAGUAAUUGUUGACAAGUAUGCGGGUACAAAGGGAGCUUUGCUACCUUAUAGAGAACAGAGAAGAUAACUGUAGAGGUGCAUUUGCAAAGAAAUUCAGGAGCUUGGGUGCGGAUAUAGGAUGUGCCUAUGAGAGGGGAAAGCAUCUAGAUUCUAGAGCAAUGUGUUGGAAGAUAGUCCUCAACCGCCCAAGCGAUCACAACCAUCCUCGAUCGACGCGAAACCCAUUGAACGGUGAUUUUCGGCUCUAGGAGACCUGCGGAUUCUUCCUGAUGAAACUAUCUGCGCCGUUGUGACUCGUCUCUCCCCUAGAGACGCAGCUUGCCUCACAUGUGUUAGCAGGUCUAACAGCGUCUCAUACCUGAUUAGUCAUGAAUUUUCUGCUAAUAUCUUGAAGCUUCUAUGAUUCUUCUCUCGCAUCCUUUUGUGUUUAUUAUGAGCAUGUGCUGCUCAUGUGUUUUUGUGUCGAAUUUAGGAUGAUGUGUGAUUACUAUAUAUCAUUACCAGGUUCCCAUCAAGUGAUUUUGUACUGCAUCUUCUUAUUUUGUUUUUCUUUUUACAUUUAACAUCAUUGUUUCUGGAUUUUUCUAAUGCAUACAUUACUUCAAUUCCAAGUGCUUUAACUAGUUCUAACCUUUGGAUUUGUUUUUCUUUUACAUUUAACAUCAUUGUUUUUCUAUCCUUUAAAUAGAUGCAGGGGUCAUUAUGCAAGUGCUGAGAACAACAAAAACGAAACCUCUUAUCACAAGUAACUUGGGGGUGGUCAUUCACGGAGAUGUUCUAUCACCAUUUCUUUCAUCGUGCAAGUGCUGACCGAGUAUAAAAAAAAUACUUUCAAGCUUCAUAUUUCUUUUCUACUGAAUCUGCUCGUGGUUCUUGAAUAUUUAGACAAUCCGCACCACAUUCCUUCACAUUAUAGUUGAAAUAUCUAGAAAAAGUGAUAUGGAAGGUGGUAUAUGGCUUAAAAAAGCAAAUAUGUGAUAAUCACAUUAGUAACCAGAGGAAAACAUUGUUGAAAUCAGUAGAUGAUAAUGACAUUUUGAUAUUCUUAAUAUCCUAUGAAUUUGAAGUUCUCCAAAUAACAAGCAUUUUAAAUGUGUUUGUAUAUUCAUGUGAGGUUAUCAUGGGAUCUGAUUUCUGAACCUUCGAAGAUACAAAGUAGUCAGAAACAAUGCUUUGGCCAGGCCCAAGAACGGUUGCUGCUGAUUACUCAGUAUAAUUUAGCUGCAAUUGUUCAACUUUAGGUCCAUGUAUUUGUCUGCUGAAGUCAACUUAGAUGUUAUGAAAUUGUUAAUGCCUUAACUUCUGGGACCCGCCAGUUCUUUGUGUUUCAUGCUUCUUACUUCAUUUUGUAGUGUAUUGUAUAUUUUUUUGGGAUGAUGGGCCUAUGCCUUGAUAAAAUCCAACAUCCACUUCGGUACAAAGGCUCCUGGAAGAAAACAACGGAUCAGAUGGACCUGCCAAUUGGAAGUGUUAUACCCUGUCAGAAUCAAUUACACUUUGACGGUAAUCUUUAGUUCAAUAUAGAGUUUAGUAGACAUCCUUAAAUCCUUAGUCACUUUGGCGAAUCCAUCAUUUUCAGUUCAUUCUUCAAAUAUUGAUUAGAUUUUCAACUGGUUGUUGUUUCUCCUUGAGGAUUUGAUUGUCUGUUUCUAUAUAGAAGACUAUAUAGAUGCUUGAGAAGUUCUUUAUAGUGUGUUGGUUCAGCACACCACGUGCCCACGCGACAUCAACAUAGGCCAAUUCCCUUUGGUCGGAUGGCCCUGGCACACCGGACACACAAAGAUUGAGUGGAACUGAAAGUCUUUGUCCAGGCCCACGGGUGCUAGUAACUCCUCCUUGGAAUGCCAUUCAAGUAUCACUUUCAUCAUUUUUAAGUUGUAGAAUUGUACUUUGAAAUCCACUGCUAGUUUUUGCUCAUGCUUUAAUUUGGGGACAAAAGAUCGAGUAUGGUGAACAGUCCCAAAGAACCAAAGCCAUCCAUGUCGUCGUGUACCCACGCCAUCGACACGGUGGAGAAGUUUAAGAAAUUAUCAGGGGCCGCCGUCCAGCUUAAUUUUGACGCCAUGCGGAGUUCCAUCGAAUCAAGUUGAAAUACCGAUUCCGGAGGAAAAUAGGAAACCCGAAAGCCUCAGACAAUAUUCAUUUCAAUCAGCCAAUUACUGGUUUCAGCUUAGAGCAUUAAAAUGGAGGUGGAAGAUAGUCGCCGAUCGCCCAAGCAAUCGCAACCGUCCUCGAUCGACGCGAAACCCAUUGACCGGCGAUUCUCAGCUCUAGGAGACCUGCGGGUUCUUCCUGAUGAAAUUAUCUGCGCCGUUCUGACUCAUCUCUCCCCUAGAGACGUAGCUCGCCUUGCAUGUGUUAGCAGUGUAUUGUAUAUUUUUUGCAAUGAGGAGCCCCUGUGGAUGAGCCUAUGCCUUGACAGUAUCCAACAUCCACUUUGGUACAAAGGCUCCUGGAAGAAAACAACAAUGGAUCAGAUGGACCUGCCAAUUGAAAGUGUUAUACCCUGUCAGAGACAAUUACACUUUGACGGAUUCAAUUCUCUGUUUCUGUACCGAAGACUAUACCGAUGCUAUACUACUCUGAAUGAUUUUGGUUAUGAUAGUGGAAAUGUGGAAAGGACAACAUGCCUCUCUUUGGAAGUGUUUCAUGAUAAGUAUGAUGGACAGAAACCGGUUUUGAUCGGUGGAUUAGCGGAUUCUUGGCUAGCUAGGAGUGCAUGGACAACAGAGCAAUUAGUGUUGAAGUAUGGAGAUACACAAUUUAAAAUAUCUCAUAGGGGCCCUAAGAAAGUUAUCAUGAAACUCAAGGACUAUGUGUCUUACAUGGAACUUCAGCAUGAUGAGGAUCCUCUAUAUAUAUUUGAUGAGAAGUUUGGGGAAGUUGCUCCUGGACUAUUGAAGGAUUAUAGCGUUCCAUACCUUUUCCAAGAAGACUUUUUUGAUGUAUUGGAUAGAGACCAACGCCCCCCUUUCAGAUGGAUGAUAAUUGGACCAGAGAGAUCUGGUGCUUCUUGGCAUGUUGAUCCAGCUCUUACUAGUGCUUGGAAUACUCUGCUUUGUGGAUGCAAACGGUGGGCAUUGUAUCCUCCUGGAAGAGUGCCUGCAGGAGUGACAGUACAUGUGAAUGAAGAAGAUGGUGAUGUCAAUAUUGACACCCCAUCUUCUUUGCAGUGGUGGCUGGACUUCUAUCCCUUUCUUGCUGAUGAGGACAAGCCAAUAGAAUGUACUCAACUCCCUGGAGAAACAAUAUUUGUUCCAAGUGGGUGGUGGCAUUGUGUGCUAAAUUUGGAGACCACUAUUGCUGUCACACAGAAUUUUGUGAAUUCAAAAAAUUUUGAAUUCGUAUGCCUGGAUUUGGCUCCUGGCUAUAGACAUAAAGGAGUCUGCCGUGCUGGACUGCUUGCCUUGGAUGACAGAAGCUUUGAGGAUGUGAGGAAGAACAUGUCAAGUGUGGGAAAGAGUUUUAGUUACUUUGACCUUACAAGAAAAGAGAAGAGAGCUAAAGUUACUCAACAUGUUGACAGUGCAAAAUGUGAAACUGCUAGAGAUGAUGAUCCUGAAUUUAAUGACACAAGAAAUCUGAAAUUCUCUUAUGAUAUAAAUUUCUUAACCAUGUUCUUAGAUAAAGAAAGGGACCACUACAAUUCUUUAUGGUGCUCAAGUAACUGUAUUGGGCAACGAGAAAUGAGGGAAUGGUUAUCACGACUUUGGCAAAAAAGGCCAGCGCUUAGGGACCUAAUUUGGAAGGGAGCCUGUAUUGCACUGAAUUCUAGCAGAUGGUUUGAAUGUCUGGAGGAAAUUUGUGUCUAUCAUGAGUUGCCUUUACCUUCAGAAAAUGAAAAGCUUCCCGUUGGGACAGGAAGUAAUCCUGUCUAUCUUGUUUCUAAUGAAGUGAUAAAGAUAUUGGUUGAAGGAGGCGCAGAAGCUUCUCUUCAUUCAUUGGGGACUGAGCUUGAGUUUUACGGUACUCUCCAGAAAGUAGGCUCCCCACUCAAAGAUCAUAUCCCUGGUGUUUUGGCAAGUGGAAUUCUCUAUAUUGAAAAUGGGCACUGUACAGUUAUUCCUUGGAAUGGAAAAAAUGUUCCUGAGGUGAAUUCUACUUCUCUUCCAGUUAUUGAAAAAUCUCAACAGGGGGAUUACCCGUAUGGAAUAUGGAGCAAACUGCAAUUCGACUUUAAAAAUGUGGGAAUGUCUCCACAUGAAUUGGAGACAAGCAACAAUUCAAAAGUAUGGCCAUAUGUGGUGACUCAAAGAUGCAGAGGAAAAAUAUUAGCGAACCUAAGGGAAUCACUAUCAUGGGAAGAUAAUCUGGACUUGGCCUCCUUUCUUGGAGAACAACUCAGGAACCUUCAUCUUGUGCCAUGCCCAUCUUUGGAUUUCUCAACAAUGUUAAGAAGCAAUGAAGAAACAAUGCUGGAUUCAAAUGUUGUACAGCAUGCUGUGAUUUGUAGUAUCCCGGCAAAAUGGGAUUUUUUCAUCAAAACACUGAACAAGAAGAAGGAGGAUGCAUCUAACCGCUUGACUAAAUGGGGUGAUCCAAUUCCAGAUGCACUGAUAGAAAUAGUCAGUGGAUACCUCCCUGACAACCUAGCAAAGCUCAUUUUCAUCUCUGAGGAUAGUGCAAGAGUUCACAAAUCUUGCUCCUGGAUACACUCAGAUAUAAUGGAUGACAAUAUCCACAUGGAGUUGUCUUGCCUAAAGACUUGCUUAGAAAAGGAUAAUAAACAGGUGGACAAUGAUCAUGUAAUUGAUACUUCUAAAAAUAGUGAUACUAAAAGCUCGUGGCGUGCAACCCACAUACUUGAUUUCAGUGGCUUAUCUAUAGGUGACCCGCUUUUAGACUUCAUUCCAAUAUAUCUAGAUGUGUUUAGAGGAGAUUCAAGCUUGAUGAAGCAUUUUCUAGAAACCUAUAAGCUUCCAUUGUUAUUAGGGCAAGAAAAGCUGAAUGGAUUAGGAGAUGGCAGCAGAUAUGGCCGACUCUCUUAUCAUGCCAUGUGCUACUGCAUACUUCAUGAUGACAAUGUUUUGGGAGCGAUUUUCAGCAUUUGGAAGGAACUGAGGAUGGCAAAGUCAUGGGAGGAAGUUGAAGACGCUGUUUGGGCAGAUCUCCUUAACACUUACACCCCUGCUGGAUCCUAUUGAGCUUAUUUAGCCACUUGUCUCUUAUGCAACCACAUAUUUUCAUUUUUCUUGAUAAUCGUGUUGGUUCCAAUGCAAAACUUUCUUCCAAUGAUGGAGGUUACAGAGCAUAACCUCAUCAUUCUUCAUAGAUAAAACCAGCCCUGUUCUGAGUAUAACCUUAUUCCAUAAAUAAAGUUCUUGAUUUGAU